AUGGAGCAACGAAUGGGAAAUCUAGAGACUACAGUUUAUUCCCUCUUCGAUGGGCAGCAAGCACUCGCUAAACAAGUUCAUUCUCUCUCAGGGGGACAACAAGCACUUGCUGACCAGCUGAAUGAAAUCCUUUCAAAGAUAGAUCAGUUAUCGUCUCAACCUCGUAAGGAAGGAGAUACCUUUUCAGCUGGAGUGUCUCGGCGUCGUAGGGAAGGAGAUACCUCUUCGGCUAAAGGUUCCCAUAGUCGGACAACAUCGACAAACAGUAAUUCUUUAUCGGCCUACACCGUUAAACCAAUGAGGUUGGACUUUCCACGGUUCAAGGGAGAAGAGGACCUCAUAAGUUGGCUUGCAGUGCUUGAUGAAAGUGACGAAGAUGUGGAAGUGGAGGUAGAAAACCAAGAUUCUCCUAGUAUUCCAGCUAUCUCUAAUCAUGCAUUAGCAGAAUACAAAAAAGGAAAGGAGAAUAUUGUUGCAGAUGCUUUGUCGAGGAAAUAUGAGGAAGAUUCUGAAAGGAGCCUACUAGCAAUUUCUCAGCCCAUUCCUAGCUGGUUGGAGACAAUUAAAACGGAGCAUGCCACUAGUCCCAACAUUCAGAGUAUCAUUCAUUUGGUUCAAAAGGGUGAAGUCGUGGGUCCUUGGGCAUUUCAAGAAGGAGUGUUAUAUUUCAAAAAUCAAAUUUACUUGGAUGAAGAUUCUCCUUCGUUGCAGAGAGAUUGUUGGAUAAUUCGUGCAGCUAGUGCAGAUGGCUGCUCUGGAAGCUAUGUUGUGGCUGCAUCUGCUGGAAAUACUUUUGAAUCAGGAAUUUUUUUACCAAAGAUGUUUAAGCUUUCCAUGUUGAAGGCUGGGCUAUACUAUGAGGAAGCUUUAGCAGCAUUGAAUGUUGUACCUCUGAAGGAUCAUUUUGAUAAGGGAUGGAUUUCUCAUGUACAGCUUAAAGCUGCUCUUUUCUAUGCUGAAGCUUGCUAUAGGUAUAGUUUAGAGCUGCAUGAGAAAGAAGAGAUUGCAGAAGAAAUUGCACGGUUGAAGAGUGGCAUUAGUGCUUUAACUGAGGCGAAGAAGUCCUCAAGGGGUGCUGCAGCGCAACUUUUGGAUGCAAUGACCAAGUUACAGGUCAAUCUUAAUCGCAAUCUUGAGAGAGCUAUGAAGGAAAAUGAUAGAGUUUACCUCAUGAGGGUACCCUCCCCCAGUUCUUUACCACCUCUUCCAGCAUUUUCCAUGGUGAAGCCAAUGUCAAUCAAUGAGGUGCUCGAUACGAGCAAGGAGAAGAUGUUUGCAAGUCUUGUUCCAGAUAGUAGUGCAAAGGCACUUUCCAGGUAUACUGAAAUGGUUGACGAUGUCAUCAGGACACAAGCUGAGAGAUUGCAGCAAGGAAGCGAACUAACUCGAGUGAGGCUCAAGGAAAUGGACCUGCCAGAUUCUAUUCUUGCCUUGGAAGGAAAUAUGACUCUCCCUACGGAUCUUAAAGAGGAUGUGGAAGCUGUGCAGAUCAGUGGUGGUCCGGCUGGUUUGGAAGCUGAGUUACAGCAACUUAGGGAUCUGAGGAGGGUGAACCAGGAAUUGCUUGUCCAAACUGAGGAACUUCUGCAGAAGGAAGCAACUGAAGAUGCUCAAUUUGGAAGCCAUUUUGGAACAAGAUGGACUAGGCCGCAGUCCAGUACUCCGAUGAAGAAUUUGCAGGAUAGGUUAAAUAGAUUUGCAGGUAACUUAAAGCAAGCUGCAGAAAGUGAUGCUCGAAUUGAGCGUUCAGUCAGAGAUAAUGCUGCACUCAUGUCAAUCCUUGAUCGUCGUCCUAUAGAAUCUGCUCUUCCAACUCUGGCUAAGCCAAUAAUGUCUUUGGAUGCGACUGAGGAUGCUAUUGUGGGGGGCCUGAAGCAGAGCUCGGAUGACAUACUACCAAAGUUGAUGACAAUCACUGGAUCAUAUGAGGAUCUCUUCAGGAAGGAGAUAUCGAAGUAUGAUCGUAUUUGUGAAGACAUUGCCCAUAAUAUCGAGGCACAAGAGCAAUUGUUGUAUCAAAUUCAGGUUACUUCUUGCUUCUACCAUGUGAAUGGCAUUCUAAUAUCCAUUUUUAAUCUUGAAGAUUACAGAGCAUCCCGAGAGAAGUGUUAUAAGCAAAUUCAAGCUGCCAUAGCCAAGAAUCGUGAAAUUAAGGAGAACAUUAACGAGGGAUUAAAGUUUUAUGUUACCCUUCAGGACGCAAUUACAAAUGUCAAGCAACAAUGCAGUGAUUUUGUUAUGACCAGAAACAUCCAGUGUCGAGAAAUGAUCGAUGACGUACAGAGACACAUGGCAGGUCUCAGUUUCCAGGACCGCAAGACCUCUGUUUCUUACGAUGGCGGCUACCCUUCAGUAGGACCACCUCCUCAUCAAACUCCGAGGUCGACUGCACUGCCGCAAACAGAACCUCCAAACACACCACCCAUGCCUCAUCCCCAAAGUCCUUACUACCGGCCUCCAGAGCAGCCAACUAUGGCCGGGUAUGGCCACCCCCCUCCCCCCUAUGGCACCCAACAGCAAUCACAUCCUUACCACGCACCCCCUGCACCUGCUGCUCCCUACCCGCCUCAACAUCCACAACAACAGCCACUGCCAAGCCACGAGUAUGGCCAACCUGCCUACCCAGGGUGGCGGGGGCCUUACUACAAUGCCCAUGGACAACAACCCGGAUCUCAGUCACGACCUCCUUAUACAAUUCCAUCUCCAUACACGUAUCCUAACCAAGGCGGGUACUAUAAGCAAUAAUUGUGUAGCAUCUAUU